AAAAUAAGAGAAUCCCUUACCAGAAGAAUUUUAUUGCUUUAAUUUGUUAUACCCAUAAUAAUAUCUCCUAACAUCUAUGCUAAGCACAUUUUCUUUUGGACCCAACAUGUAUAAAUAUCCAGACAGCAUGAUUGAACCAUCCAUAUGGCAGUAUAAAAGCAGAGCAUUUUAUAGGGUAUUGAGCUAGGUUCAAACAACGCCUACUGAUUCCUCCUUCCAUGCAUUCUCAACCCAUCUGCUGUACUUAACACUUAGCACUUAGGAGCAGAAAGUUUCGGUCCCUCACCAUCUCACACCUCAACAAAGCUUUCACAGGAAAAGAGAAGUUAGAGAAGAAAGUAGAGUGGUGGGAUUGGAGCAUUGCAGUUACUGCAGCUGGAGUUAGAGCUCCCACUGCAAAAGCUGUUUACAGGCAGAGUGUUAUGGCCAACCAAAUGGAAAACGGAGAUAUCAUCCGGUCUCCAAGACCGCUUAGGAAGAUCGUCACGGUUGCAUCCAUCGCCGCCGGCAUCCAGUUCGGAUGGGCGCUGCAGCUCUCCCUUCUAACCCCUUACGUCCAAACCCUCGGUGUCCCUCACACCUGGGCUGCUUUCAUUUGGCUUUGUGGCCCUAUUUCUGGCCUCCUCGUUCAACCCAUUGUCGGCUACAACAGUGACCGUUGCACCUCUCGCUUUGGUCGCCGCCGACCAUUUAUUGCUGCCGGAGCUUCCUUCGUCUCUAUUGCUGUAUUCCUCAUCGGUUUCGCCAAAGAUAUGGGGCACCAUGCUGGUGAUUCCUUGGAGAGUCCCACGAAACCAAGAGCGGUUGCUAUCUUUGUUGUAGGGUUUUGGAUUCUUGAUGUGGCUAACAACAUGUUACAAGGUCCAUGUCGUGCUCUUCUUGCAGACCUCUCAGCCAAUGACCAUAAAAAAAUGAGAACCGCAAAUGGGUGGUUCUCGUUUUUCAUGGCUGUUGGAAACGUCUUGGGUUAUGCUGCUGGUUCCUACUCACACCUUUACAGGAUCUUCCCCUUCACAAAAACCAAAGCCUGUGAUGUUUACUGUGCAAACCUCAAGUCUUGCUUCACUAUCGACAUUAUGAUCCUCCUGUUAGUGACUGUUACCGCGGUUACAACGGUGAAGGAGGAUCCCUUAAAACAAGUCCAAGAGGAAGAAACCAAAACACAGGCUCCUUUCGUUGGAGAGAUUGUGACAGCUUUCAAGACUUUGAAGAAGCCAAUGUGGAUCUUGCUCCUUGUUACUUGUCUCAAUUGGAUAGCCUGGUUUCCGUUCUUGUUGUUUGACACUGAUUGGAUGGGGACAGAGGUUUAUGGAGGCAAGGUCAAGGGAAAUGCGAAUCAAGUUAAGAUGUACGGUGAUGGAGUGCGAGCAGGUGCAUUGGGGUUGAUGAUCAACUCGAUCGUCUUGGGGCUAACUUCACUUGCGCUGGAGCCUGUGGGCCGCUUGAUUGGUGGUGUUAAAAACUUGUGGGGCAUAGUGAACUUCAUUUUGUGCGCUUCCUUGGCGUCGACGGUGUUGAUUACCAAGAUAGCUGAGGCCUGGAGGAAACACAAUGGGCCCGAUCUCGUGCCUCCACUCAAUAUCAAAGGCUCGGCCUUGGCCGUGUUUGGACUUUUGGGAAUUCCACUUGCGGUAACAUUCAGCAUUCCAUUCGCUUUGGCGUCCAUUUAUUGUUCUAACGCUGGUGGUGGUCAAGGUCUCUCCCUAGGAGUGCUAAACAUGUCUAUAGUUAUCCCACAGAUGUUCAUAUCAGUAGUCAGCGGACCACUUGAUGAAGCAUUUGGGGGCGGUAACUUACCAGCUUUUGUAUUGGGCUCCAUCGUGGCUGCCAUUAGCGCUGUAUUGGCAAUUGUUGCCCUUCCGAAUCCACCAAAACAAGUAUCUCUCAAUCCUGCAAUGGCUGGAGGACACUGAGCAAGUGAGCCGGGGUCAUGAAUAAAUCAGGAAAGUGGAUUUAAAUCUUUGCAAUAAUAAAUCCAUCCAAGACAAAUUUCAUUAUGAGUUUAUCAUAAUUUAAAUCUAUCCUCAUUUUGGACAACUUUUUUUAAGUAAUAUCUUUCGUUUGAAAUAGAGGGUAGUUCAAUCUUUUUUCUGUGUACUUUUUCUUCAUUUAAAAUUAAUAGAUUUUUGAACAUUUGGCUCAAUGCUUAGUCAUUAGUGCGUGUAUCCUCACUCAAAGAGUUAGAUUUGAGUUCCCUAUUCUCUCAAAUCUAAAUAAAUAAAUUAAAUUAAAUUCUCUUGUAAAA